AUGGCGCCAAAGAGAAAAGCACGUGUAUCACAAACCUCCAGUCCGGCACCGACCCCGUCUCGGAACCAAACCGUCGCAGUCGAGAUAGAACAGCGCCGACGACCGAAGCCCGCCGAAGAGACACCCUCGACGAAACCUUCCGAGCAAGCCGCAGAGCCUGAGGAAGAGGAGGAAGACGACGAGGAAGCCGCAAAUGCCGCAUUAGUCGCAGAUCCAUGGACCGACGACGAGGAGAUUGGCCUGUUCAAAGGCCUCAUACGCUGGAAACCCACUGGCAUGCACAAACACUUUCACUUGCUUGCUCUAUAUCAACAUCUGCUGAGCAAUGGCUACAUCCACCCCAAAGCACCGCAUACAAGGAUCCCGGGUAUUUGGGCCAAACUACACCAUCUCUACGACCUGGAAGCGCUGGACGAACGCGAAGAUUCCAAUGCUGCGCCUUGGUCCACCUCUGAAGACGAAGACGACGAUGACGAUGAGAAAGACGAGUCGAGUCGUGUGGCCGAUAGCGUUGACCCUGAUGACGACAACGAGGCGGAAGAGGAGGAAGAGGAAGGCAGUGAGGAGGAGGAGCAGAGCGAGCAGGAAAGUAUGGCUAGUGGAACUCCUGCACCCAAAGCUUCGAAAGCGAAGGGCAAGAGGAAAGCUGCUCCUGCUGCAAAGUCUAGAGCCAGCAAGCGGAGGAGGUAG